GCUCGCCUGCCCCAUCCGCCGCGCCGCGAGCCGCCUCUCCUUCCUCGGCGUGUUCCUGGCUUGCCUUUGCCGCGCUCUAGUAGCAGUGGCAUGAGGGCGGGGCGGCCGAAGAUCGGCGACCAAGCGACCAGCGACGUGGUAGUGCGGCUACGGACGCCGGAGGGCCGCGACGAGUGGCUCUACUGCCACUCCGCGGUCCUCGCCGCCGGCAGCACCUACUUCGCCGACCGCCUCUCCGACGCCUGGCCGACGUGCCAGAUCCUCGGCUCGCGCUACUGCGUCGAGGUCUACUGCCAGGAGCUGGACCUGAGCUCCUAUGUCACAGCGCUCCGGCUCCUAUACGCCAUCGAGCCCUGCUCGCAUUUCGGCGUCCGCGGCGCGCUGGGCGUGCUCCAGGCGGCCGUGCACCUUGGAUGCGGGCAGAUCGCCGCCGCCUGCGCCGGCUACAUUGAGUCCGCCCCCUGGGAGGAGGCCGACGAGGAGGAGAUUCUGAGGACCGUCCCCGGCCUCGGCCCGCAGUACGAGUGCAUCCUCGCGCGUCUCCGGCCAAUCGAUCCGGCUCCGGUGACGAGCAUAUUCCUUUCGGCGUUCCGGCACGCGACGCUCUCGUCGGCGGCUGGGCCAGCGCGGGAGCUCAAGUCCGCCGCUCAGGAGCAGCUGGAGUACAUGCUCACCGAAGAUGACGACGCCCCAUUGGUAGCCCUUGACAACGACACUGUGAAGUCUCAAGUGAAGGAUUGUGCCACUGCUUUACUAAGCCAGUUCAGUGCUUUCAUGAGCUCUAUCCUGACGAAACAAAAGGAGGCGCCUCCUCUUGAUGGUGAGCACGGCCAGCUUCAGCAGGAGUUACAGUUUUUUCUUUGUGAUAUCUCUUGGGUCUCUCAGGUCCUGAGCAAGCUCGAGAUGAUGAAGUGCAUUGUUGUCUACUGGGUCGGAGUGUCCACUGAUAUGGUAGAAACUGUUGACGCGGUAUGCACUGGGGAUGACUGUCUGAAGACCAGGCUGAAGGUGGUAGAGGUGUCUGCAAAAGUCCUGGAGGCUGUUGCAUUUGGCAAUGUCAUCCUUCCAGCCGAAAAACGCCGUCAUAUGGUGAAUUUAUGGAUUCGAUUCGCAAGGGUGACAAAAUCUUUGGCUGAUCAGGCCGAUCAGGAUGGUGACGGCGAAGCUGAGACACCAAAGGAAAACCUGGACAAUGAGGUCUGGCAGGGCCUGGAGUCUGCAAUUGUUUCGAUUGUGCUGACACUGCCGUCAAAUAGUCAAGCUGAGAUUUUGUCAGAGUGGCUUCAGUCGAAACAUGUUAGAUAUCCUGACCUGACAGAGGCAUUUGAAGCCUGGUGUUAUAGAUCGAAGGUUGCUAAAAGAAGGCUCUCUUUCUUGAGCGACAUUGGCCAGGUAUCUUGAUUCCUGACCAAUUAACAAUUAACCGAAGCGGACAUGAGAUAUCUGAAUUGAACAAGUUUGCAUGCUUUCUGCUGGGGAAAAUCAUCAGGUUCUGUGAUCACCAGCAUAAAUUUUGGAAUUUGGAGGCAGUGCAGAAAAGGGCUCUUGCCAAUAUUCGUAUCCAUGACAUGAAUCCUGAUAACAAGUAGCCGAAGCGGGGAGGGCCUGUUCGGUUGUUUGGGAUUGGAGCCCCGAAUUAAUUCCUAGCCGAAUUACUUAUCUAAUUUAUAUAGAUUUUAAUAAGCUGGAAUGAAUCCUGGCUUAUUCCGGUACAACCGAACGGGCCCUUAGUAAAUUACCCAGAGUUUGUCUCUAUAGAUUGCAGACUAACUUUAAUCUGAAGCGAAACGGCCUGUGAUUAAUAGGGUGUCAUUUCUUGCUUGUGGAAAAGAAGUUUGUAAUGAGUGAUCAGUUAACAUUGUCUUUGAGAAAAGACUCAAGGGAUGCGAC